UUUUUCUAAACUUUAUUUUUAUUUUAUUUUCUCAGAUAUCACAAGACUUUUUUAUAUCCUUCAUCCAUCUAAUAUAUUUUUUAUAUUUUUAAAGGCGAUAGACUUUUGCCUUUUCUCCUUCCGCGCGUUGUUGUGGGUUUUCUAUUAUUGAUGGGUUAAAUUUGGUAGAAAAAUGAUCGCGUUGGAUGGGGGACAAAUAGCGGGGAUAUUAAAAAGAGAAAAUAUUUUGUGUUGUUGCUCCUGUCAAUUUUAAUUAUAAAAAUGACCAAUCAUAAAAUAAUCAGUGGCGCGGCCUUAAAAAUAAUAAUAAUCAACAACACAUUAUUUUCAAUAAUUUUUGUUAUUAUCAAAAUCACUGCCUCCCCAAACAUGAAUUUUUUGAAUAGCUCUAAAAAUGUCCGUGAAUGUACGCAAACCCAGCGUCUUUUUAAAUAUAAAAUUAAUAAUGGAAAAAAUUAUAUAUCGUGCGAAUUAAUAAAACAAUUGAUGCGCAGACAAAUAAAUGAUCGGUUAAGAUAUAAUAAUUUCUUUGAAUAA